UUUUCAGGAUUUAUUCAUGUGGUGAUGGCACAUUUAUAAAAAUAAUAACAAAUAUUUCACUUCCGUGAGAUGGAAAGCAUUAUAAAUGAAUUAUGAACAAUUUCACUCGGGUUAAAGAUGAAAUGUCGCCACAUGAGUUCCACUGCAUAAUUGCACAAGCUAACACCCAUUACCCGUCUAAUAUCGUACGAUACAUGCCUAGUCACACGAGAAGCUCUUUCCGGAAUAUUGUUUUUCACCAUUUUAAAAAUAUUUUUCAAUUACUGCAUUAUUAUUAUUCUAAAUAUUUUAACCCCCAAGAGAAAUACAAUGAAUUUGAACAUAUAUGAAUGUACUGUAGUAUUGUUGUAGGGCCCUAUAUUAUCAACCGUUUUACUGAAAGUUAGAUUAUUAACCGGCUGUCAAUAUCAGACCUACAAUUUCGAUUGUCUGGUAUUAAUGCAUGGGUAGAAAACAAUCUGCAUGUUAUUUAGAUGAUAAAAUUCCAGAUAUUUGUGGGGUGUGAAAAACAACAUCGUUCCGCACUAAAUAUGGAGCCUUAGGUGGUAAGAAGUACGGAGUCAUAAUUCCAAAAGCCCCGAACCAAACAGGCGAGACGAAGAAAGAAACAAAUUCGAUUUCUUGAAUAUUAACUUGAGCGAAUUAAACAGUUUGAUUGUUGAAAGAGCGGCCACCCUUACGCGUAAAAGCGCACUGCAUGUACAUGCACACUUUUUACUUUGAUAAAAUUAUAGACAUGCUGCGGGAGAUUUUGUGCAUUGUGCAGUGUCUGAAAGGUGAACAAAAGCAUGAACACACUGCGGUGGGGUCAGAUCGAAAAAUUAAGAUGCCUGUGGUACCUUCUAAGGAAAUGAAAAUGGAAAGCGCAAAUGUAGGCCUACGCAGGCUAGUUCAAAUAGCCCUCGACAGAUAUCGAGGUUUGGUGGUAAAGGGUCUCUCUUCUUUAAAAUGACCAAUGAAAUUACAUGCGAAAACGAUGACUCCGGAACAGGACUAUCGUAGUAUGAGCCUAAUUUCCCCCUUUGGAACUCUUGUCCCCUUCCGAGAGAAGAGCCUGGCUUCGUAGCCAAGGGUGGCAACUGUCCCAACUCCCGUCUUGCCCCCCCAAAAAAAACCCUGACCAGGCCAUUGUUUUGACCUACACUGUGUAACUAAUUUUCUAGUGAACGCGAUUAGAGUCACUUUAAUUCACGCUCUGAUUACCAAUCAUUGGGGCCUGAUUAAAAAGGUUGUAUACACUGGUUACCAAAUUGGUUACAUUUUUAUGUUAAAAAAACUGCAGAAUGAGCUCUCUUUCUCUGAAAGAAACGCGUUCACAGCUGUCGUUAAGGUUAUUUCAGAAAAAGUGAUGGUCAGUUUUAUACUCAUUAUGGGAAAGUAUAUUGAUACCACGAUAAUUAUUUAUGGAAUGAUAAUGAUAUAACCCAAGUCUUUUGUAAUCAUUCAAGCGCAAUACGAAACGAAACUACAAUGAAUUUACUGUAACUUCAAAUAGUUUUACUGAAGCAGCAUGCCAAUGUUGAACGAAUUGUUUGUCUAUUUUAUUGCAUCGAGAUAACGACUGACAAGGCUGUUUGUGAAUUUAUUGAACAUCGAUAUUCCGUAUAUUUGCCACUUACAAGUCCACCCACACGAGUUGAAUGUGGACAUCAAGUGAUGCGUAAAGCCACUAUUGUCAGUAGUGUGUGUAAACAGCACCUGCCAGAGGGAGGAGGUGCACAAACCACAUCAGCAUAUAUCUCGUGCUUUCGCCGGAUGCAAGUUCUCCAUCGAGCGUGCUUGGCUGAUCGUCUCUUAUUUUGGGCGAAUAUUUUGCUGUUUCUCACAGAAGAAGUCGACUAUUAUUUGAGGUCUGGAUACGUCGUUUUUUUUGGAUGCCAAGAUGAACGGGGUGGAUCGAGACGUCCAGCAGCAGCAUGCAGCGUGUGGCAGUGGUCGUCGCGGGAAUGUUGCUGCUGCUGUUGCUGUAACUGCUGCCUCGGUAGCCGAGCGCGAGCAGACCACUUCCCAACAAGAUCGCGAACAGAAAUCCGCAAAUACGGGGAAGUGGACGCACAAAAUGUAUGCCAGGAGUACCAAAAGGAUUCAGAAAGAACUAAGAGAAAUUAUGUCGGAUCCUCCACCAAAUUGCAGUGCGGGUCCCAAAGGUGACAACAUCUAUGAGUGGGUGUCGACGAUCUACGGGCCAAAGGAUUCAGUCUACGAGGGGGGAGUCUUCUUCCUUGACAUCAACUUCUCUCCUGACUACCCAUUCAAACCACCCAAGGUGAAGUUCCGUACGCGCAUCUACCACUGCAAUAUCAGCAGUCAGGGAACCAUCUGUCUGGACAUCCUCAAGGACAACUGGAGCCCAGCCCUGACCAUCUCCAAGGUCCUCCUCUCCAUCUGUGCUCUAUUAUCCGAUUGCAAUCCUGCUGACCCACUGGUGGGCACCAUAGCAACUCAGUACCUCCAAAGUCGCGAGGAUCACGACCGUUAUGCCAAGAAUUGGACCAAACGCUACGCGACAUGAUGCAAGGCACCACCUUUUGGGUGGCCACAUUUGUCUGUAAUCACUAUUUGUUGGUCUUUUUUAUUUUUGUUUGUCGCCCCACCUUGUCGUUAUUAUUUAUGUUUAUUUUUGUACAGCACGAUUGACAAUUUCUCCCCAGCAUACAGAGAUGAUCGGUGUCGCAGACCAGGUAUAAGACCUUGGUGUCAGGGGUCAGACACUAGAUAUGUUGUCUACAACCGGUGUGGCACUGUGGGUUAGAACAGCAGGUGUUCUUUGGUGAGGAACAUGGUUGGUUAACGUUAACACAAUGUAAUAACACACUUGGACAAUUUACGACUUCUUUCAUAUUACACGGGAAUGUGCACAAACUCCAUAACUUGUUUUAUCUGUUGUGUUGGAACAUGUACGUAGAUGUACAUGUGCAUGUACAUGUUCAUGUUCAUGUGUGUGUCGUCUUAUUAGGUUGGCACAAAAUUGCUAGCCCCAGCCUAGCUGACACUGUUCAUGGAUGACCAGAUAAAAUAUCAGUCAAAUUUCAUCCUUGAAUGAUUUGCAGAAUUACUUGAUUCUCUGAGAAAUCAGAGAUGUUUAAAAUGUUUCUUUUCCCCUGAAGUGUAGACAGAUACUUGGUGCCAUUCAAUGAGAGAAGAAAGAUUUGGCUUGAAAUUGAGUAAAUUAGUAGUUAUGUGCAGUCAUGCAAUGCAGCACGCUUGGGUACGGUUGGUUUUUAAAUCAAGGGUUUUUGGUUGUUUUUGGUUUUUGGCCAAUCUUGCUGGGUAUUUAGCCACCUGUGCCUUUUUACUGUUGCAAAGGUAGGUUUUGUAUGUAGGUCGGUGCAAGUUCAGCUUCUAUCUUCUCUUUCCAAAUCUGCCGAGAUCAUCUUGAUAUUUUUACUGGUGUCACUGAAGAUUUCAACAUGUAGUGACUGCAUAUCAGGCUAGUUUUAUGAAUAACCCAGGAUGUUUGCAUACUGGCCACUUCACAAGUUACACAUGCCAAUAUCCACCAUAUGUCAGUCUUAGUGGGGACAGUUUCAAAUCAAAGAUUUACAGUGUGACAGAAUAUGACUUCGGGCAUUGCUUGUUGCCAGUAAUACAGUGUACCUCAUGAAUAUCCAUUAGAUUAGGAUUGUGUUUAUUGUAUGGAUUUGCUGUCAACAUGUGGAUGUGAAUAUUCAUUGGAGAUUUGAGGCCUUGCAUUGGUUAGUUACGCUCAGGCAUGAUGGAUAUUGUGGGAGUAAAAUAUCCCAUAACUAUCACUGAAGUAUUACAUUGUUCACAGAUACGCACAUACACCCUGGGUUCAUCGGUGUACCCAUGUUUCCAAAUAGUUGCCUCUUUUAUCCAUGUGCUUUGUGAAGAAUUCUUUGAUGAAGUGGGAUACGGAAAUUCGACAAGAAUAUGCUGAAAACUGUUUUAUGACAGUGGAAAUUGCUGGAGUGAACAUAUCCUCUGAGAUGAAAAAUGAUCUCUUUUCUGGUUAGUAAUAUCAUAACAACAUUCAAAUAUAAAGCCUAAAUUGACUCCAAAUGUUCGCUGAUCAACAUACCGCAUGAAAUGGACAUCUGAUGAAUAUACAUGCACAUCUUUUUCUGUUGUUGCAAAACAUCUGAAAUGCCACAUGCUUUAUACAUGCAUGCCAACCUGUGACAUAAGGAUUCUCUAUAGAGCAGAAAUGUAGGUUGGUUUGUUUAUAGUUCAGGCAUUGUACGGUAUCCACUUGGAUAAUGUGCGGUUCAUACACAUUGGCAGACAGCAAAAUUGGAUCUGCAGAAUUUGUUGUGAUUCAGAUUCUGACAGCUUUGAUUAGUAGAACCGAACCUUCUGCUAACCACACAAAUAUACUGCUAGAGCAAACAACCAGUGACAUGCCUGGUUAUGCAGUGUACACUGCUUACAUACAUGUAGUAACCGGUUCCCUGGUAAUUUUUACUAAGCACAUUUGUUUUAGUUAGCAAGAAUUUUGCAGAGUUGGUAUUAAGUCAGAAGUCAGUCCACGAGUCAAGUCCUUGAAGUCUGUCAUAUCAUGUCAGAACUAAAAAGAUGAACAGUGAGAAAGGAACACCUUUGUUACAGUUGUGAGUUGACCGAAUGACUUGUGACUGGACUGACUUGUGGUGUCUUUGCCUCCGACUCAAUUACCAGUCUGGCAAUUUGUGCUUUUGAAAUUUGCCUCUGGUCUGUAGAUUUGAACUGAUUAUCUGCUGAGUGUUGUAUGGCCAAAUGAUUGCAUGAGGAUGUUGGAUAAAGCUGUCGAAGGUUUGCAUGAGAGGCCUUGACAUACACGGCUUCAUUCUGUGUUUGUUUGGACACCAACCAUAUUCCUCAACAAAAGGCAUUAUCUUUCAUCAUUCCAGAAGAAAAAUUACUUUGCUUUACUUGUCCCCAUUCAUCUUUGUAGUGCUGGUGAGAAUUGUACGUUUGCCCUUGUUUGUUUGUGAAAAUAUGAUUCGUCAAACAAGUCAUUUUGAAAUUUUGAAUUCUCCAAUUUUUUGUGUUUUUGUUUCAUUACAAACUGUGGUGUUAAAAGCUAGAUGUGUAUUUACCUUAUGUACAUAAACCACAUAGAAUCAAUAAUAUGUAGUGUACUAGAAAGUAGUGAUGUGAUUAAGCACAUGUAGAUCACAUAUGCACAAUUUCCAUGGUUUCCGUAACAAGACAGGACUUAGAAAUGUAUAAUUGUUUGGUUUUGAUUUUUUUUUGGGUUAAAAAGUCACUUUAGACAGAGAAGUGUCAUUUUUUGAUGGGAGAGAGUACAAUUUCACUUGUAGUGUCAUUAGUGGAGAGAUUUGUAUCAUGUUAGAGACUAGGCAAACAUCAAGCAGUGUCCCCGACGGCAGUUUCUUCUUUUUAUGGAUGAGGAUUGAAUCCCUCGCACUGUGCUGUUUGUGAUUGCGAUCACUGCAGCGGCUACAAGCAGCACGUCUUGCACUGCACUGGCGGAAACAGGUGAAAUGUUGACGCAAGGCAUAGCAUUUCACAUAACAUAGGCGGUGUCAGUUUCAGCACGUAGACGGAUACACGUCUCAGAGUUACAUACGUUGGGUGAAAUCCCCUACCUGUCUGCACUUGACAUUGUUGGCACCUCCACAUAAUGUUAGUGUGCGGGUCAGUUCCCCCCGGUUUUAAGCUAAGGUUUGGAUGUGGCAUGUCAGUGUCAUUUUGUGAGAUCUUUAUUUCUUCAGCAGGUUCUUUCAGUUUUAAUGUUUGGGACUUCUCCCCAAUGACAACAAAUUGAUCUUUUUUUUUUUAAUGUAUAAGACUGCAUGUGCACUUGUGGCUGGCGACACUGAAUCAGGUUGAAAAUGUCAAAAUGACAGUUUUUAUGAGUUGUGUAAUAGUAUCUAAUAUUGUAUACAUGUAUUGAUUUUGGUCACCUACAGCCUCGUUGAGGCUUCACAGAAAGUAUACAGCACCUGUUUAGUUUCGUUUGGUCAGGAUUUUUAACACCUUGAGCCUCCUUCUAAGACUGAAAAUAAUAGUCAAGGUUGCUGUAUGUGAUGCCAGCAUUGGUCAAGUGGACAGUCUGACAAGUUGGGAGUAGUUCAUGGCUCAGAUGCCCGGAAGAUUAAGUCCCAUCUGCUUAAGAUGAAGACAGCUCACAGAAGUUCUUCUCAAUGCACAUUUCAUAUAAGUUUGUUCCUAGAGUCAGAGUCUACAGGGUGCACAACACUUCUCUUUGCCUUCCAACUUCCAGCCGUCAUUGGCCCAAAUGAUAAUAUUUACUCAGGGUCCCCAGUGCUAGAGGAAGAUCGUCAACCUUUUCAUCGCCACACAAGACGGCAAAAAUCCAAUCUCAAGAUUUGUAGCCCCCUGAAGCUGCAUGGGCACUGCAAAUCUUUUUUUAUAUCCUCUGCAGAAAAAUGCAUUGGAGAUUUGAUAUUAUUCCUGGAUUAUGAUUCUCAUAACACAAGGCCUCUCUGUCCUGCAGGCAAUAUCGUAUCAACCCGCCCUCCACUGUAGCGGACAGAGUAAUGGUCACAAUGAAUAUACAAGCACCCAGGGUUUUUCUACACGCAUACAAAUUCACUCCGUUUGAUAUGCGGAUUUGUAUGGAAAGCGGGACAAACUAAUGCAAGGCAGGCUGAGCAGAUGAAUUUAAUCAGAGGAGGAUUGAGUCAAAUGUUUGAGGGGUUGGAUUAAAGAGAGGAUUCAUGCAUGGAGUUGGACUAAGAAGGUGACCGCAUGCGCCAACCUAGUGACAACAUGAUGCUCUUUGAGAAAAUGGUAUUUACGUGGAAUGAUUCCAACCCUUUGAAUGCAUUUAAUUGCCUGAUGCUGUUGGUGUUUGUCACACUUGAUGAAAAAAUGUAAUUACACACACGUGUUCUUACUUCAGACUGUUGCAAUUUCCACAUUAAGUUCCAUAUAAGUGGGUUCGGUGUUUGGGAACACCCAAGUUAGUGGCAUUCGUGCAGUACACAUGGACACCUGAAUCCCCACUACUGUCCUGUUGCCAUGAUGAGGUGUUCUCAUCUCAAUGCAUUCACUCUGAAGCUUUGUACACAUUGAGAUGAAAGUUGGUCGGGCAUACUCCAUGCCAAUUAACAAAUGUGAACCAGUGUGUACAUGGGAUGUGCUUUUUCUUUAGCGUCCCUAGGUCAGUCAGUGUUGUCGAAGCUGUGUGAAUUCCAUACAGUGGGAAGGAAUUUUUUUCUCAAAAAAACUAAAUAAAUACCUGGGAGAGACACAUCUGAAGUUUAUAACAAAUAGAAUGGAAUAAAUUCAGUUGAUUGAAUAAACAUGUAUGACUGCUCUGUUGUGCAGUAUACGGGGGACAUGAAGUUUUAAUGAGCUAAGGCAAUAUAUUUGUGUUUGUGCCAGUAUAUCCGUGCACAUGUAGGUUGACUGGCCAGGCUGUUGCCAAACAGUCUCUGAUGCUUUGAGGGAGCAUGCACUAUGAGAAGGCUACGAAUACAUCCAAACUUUGUAACUACCCUACAUUUAGAUCACCUCAGCUCAAGUCGUACCAUAUCGCAGCAAGUUACAGGCUGUUUAAGGGAACUGUUGCUUGAACUCUCAUGAUCUGACCCUUGACUUUACUUUUUGUAAUUGACAAGGCUGACUGCUCAGCCAUGGGAUUGACCUGGGGGGGGAUGCUAGCAUAAUUAGGUUUACCUCGUCAGAAUGAAAAAAAACAUUCAGAUCUGACUAGUAAAUGAAUGGAAGUUCACUGGCACCGUUGGGGGGGAGGGAAGACAGGGUUUGGAUUAUCUGAAAGUGCAUGUGAUUGAAGCAGCCAGAGAUGGCGAUUGCUGUGGAAUCUAGAUGGAGGCUACUCAGCCCCAGAAUCCAAUCACAUCUGGAAUUUCCCCCUUAAUCUUUGUGGGGAAUACGUUGUACAUCAGACUGUUUACUGUGGGUCUGGUUAUGUCACUUGGAUGGAUGGGUUUGGAUUGCAUGUUGAGCCAGUUGAUAUCCUAUUGUGAUACUGGGCAUUAGACGUGAAUGGGGAGCAUCCUGUUAAAGGCACAUCAACUAGUCCCCACCCCGCUUCCCUUUUGUUCAUUUUGCAUCCAUUCGUACACACAGGGGAAUUAUGGCUCGAGUCAUACUGGAACCAUUUUUCCACAGUCCCAUGCAAUUUUUCCACAAGUCAAAUCCCAUCAAAUCAUUUUUCCUGAAGUCAAGCUCCAUGUCUUUAGGGUACUUGACACCGUUUCUGACAUCUUUAUUGACGAUGUGACCUGUGGUGUUUUGCAUACCAGGUCUGAUCCUGAAGUUGUUUUCGAGCAUAAUAUGCUGACAUUUUAAAUACCCACAAGUCUGAUGAAAACAGACAAGUUUGCUUACUUUUAGGUUGCAAGUCUUUGUUUCCCAUUACUGAUAAUACAAGGUAACUAUUGUAACAAGAUACAUUCUUAAGUCUUUAGGACCUUGCCAUCACGGUGUUCCACUGUAUACCUUUUCUUAAAUUAACAAUGCAUUUUGACAAAUGUUGGUUAUGUCAGCAAACUGUCACAAAUUACUUUCUCCAAGUCAAGUCACAAGUCAUGCACACAUCAUGUUCCAAAUUAUCUUCUGUCCUUUGUAUAAAAACUUCACACCUGUAAAGGGGUGGUUUUGGGGGGCUCUUGUCACUAUUUUCUCGUUACCAAACCAUUUCAAGAAAUGGGCUUGCACACUAUUUGUUGAUCAGCUGUGCCGUGUGAAUCAUACACUGACGAAACAUAUACUUUCAAAGUCACUGUCCGAAUGUAGAGAAGUAAAGAUGUGCAUUGAGUUGUCACAUGUUGUAUGCUACAUGCGUACUGUCCCCCCUUUGACAAACAGUAAUGCAACACCGGAGAUGCAUUAGAUCAUUUGAAUCAGUUUCCCUGUGGUUGUGUAUAUCAAAUUCUAAAGUAGUGUAGGCUUUUUAAAUAUAUGUACAAAAAUACCUAGAGACUAUUUAUAAAAACAUUGGGGAAAAAAGGAAAAAAAAAAACAACAAAAAUUGACAAUAGUCUCGGACGUUUACCACGCAGUAUUACUUCAAUACAGUUACUCAGUAGUAAGUGCAGAUGUAGUGAAAAAGGUUUGUAGUCCGAGAAGUGUAAUAAUAAAACUAUUGAAAUUGA